UCAGUUCUCCUCUCGCGAUGUUCUGCAACUUCACAAAACAUCUCAGUUGUGAGGCUAAAGCUAGGCUACCUAGCUGUAACUCUGUGACAUGUUGUUAAGUUUACACUAGGUAUCGAUGAAGGUGUUUCCUGGAGCGAUUUGGACAUGGAGUUAAGAAAUAUCAAAGACCAGUCUCCUCUGGUUCAGGCCAUAUUCAGUCAAAAUACAGAAGACGUGAAGUUUUUAUUGGACCAUAACGAAGAUGUCAACGCAAAGGACCAAGAACAUAGCACACCCCUCCAUGCUGCUGCUUAUUUGGGAAAUGUCCACAUUAUGGAAAUGCUGAUAAGUUCAGGAGCAAAAGUCAACACUAAGGACCAGGGGAUGCUUACUCCUUUACAUCGAGCAGCAGCAUCACGAAAUGAGAGGGCCGUGGAGCUGCUGCUGAAGCAUAAAGCUGAAGUCAACCCUCGGGACAAGUUCUGGCAGACUCCCUUACACAUGGCAGCUGCAAACUGGGCUACAAGCUGUGCUGCAACCCUGAUCCCACACGUCUGCAGCCUGGACGUUGCAGACAAAUCAGGAAGGACACCUCUACAUCAUGCAGCGCACAGCGGCCACGCAGAGAUGGUGAACUUGUUCCUGCGUAAAGGGGCCAGUGCAAACGCUAAUGAUAAGAAGGAACGGCAACCAAUUCAUUGGGCUGCACACCUCGGACAUCUGGAUGUGGUGAAGCUGCUCGUGUCUCACACUGCAGAUGUGAUGUGCAAAGAUAAGCGCGGUUACACUCCGCUUCAUGUCGCUGCUGCCAGCGGACAGAUAGAUGUGGUCAAGUUUCUCAUGAGGCUUAAGGUGGAGAUGAAUGAACCAAACAUUUUUGGCAACACAGCGCUCCACAUGGCCUGUCAGAUGGGACAAGACAUCGUAGUUACAGAGCUGGUGAACCGUGGCGCCAACGUAAACCAACCCAGUUACCAUGGCAACACGCCGCUGCACCUGGCUGCCACCUCCUCCAGCGGGGUCCUGUGUCUUGAGCUGUUGGUCAGCAGUGGUGCAGAUGUCAACAUGCAGAAUAAAGAAGGGAAGAGCCCUUUACACGUGGCUGCAAGGCAUGGACACUUCACAGGCUCCCAGAUUCUGAUCCAAAACGGUGGAGAGGUUGAUUGUGUGGAUAUGAACGGAAACACUCCUCUUCACGUAGCUGCCAGAUAUGGUCAGGAGCUGCUGAUCAGCACUCUGCUGGGAAACGGCGCCGACAGAAGCAGGCCAGGGAUUCAUGGGAUGCUUCCGCUGCAUUUGGCCGCUCUCUGUGGCUUUCCUGACUGUUGUCACAUGCUGUUGUCCAACGACCAGUUUUACAACAUGUCACCAGCUCGCCAAAUCCCAGCAGCAGAGUUUGAUGUUAAUGCCACUGAUGAUCAGGGCAGGACCUGCCUGCAUGCUGCUGCCUCUGGAGGAAAUGUUGAAUGUCUUAAUUUGCUGUUAAGCAGUGGUGCAAAACUGGGCAUAAAGGACAAUUUAGGCAGAUCUGCUCUGCACUACGCUGCAGCAAAUGGGAACAGCCAGUGUACUAUUUCUUUGGUGAGAGCCGGAUCAGAGGUCAACGAGGCGGAUCUGACGGGCUGCAGCCCUCUGCACUACGCUGCUGCUUCACACACCUUCUGUCGAGAGGGAGCAAAUUAUGAAACGAACCUCAGCAUAGAAAAGGAACAAGAAGCCUUUCUGUGUUUAGACUAUUUACUGGACAACGGGGCAAACCCCAUCCUGAAGAACAGUCGGGGUUACAGUGCUGUUCACUACGCUGCAGCCUACGGGAACAAACAGCAUCUGGAGCUGCUUUUGGAGAUUUCCUUUAAUUGUCUCGAAGAGGUUGAGAGCAAUAUUCCAGUCAGUCCGUUGCACUUAGCUGCGCAUUACGGCCACUGUGAGGCGUUGCAUUUGCUGUGCGAGACUUUGGUGAGUCUGGACGUGCGGGACAUUAAAGGACAAACUGCGCUCCAUCUUGCUGCUCAGAGAGGUUUUUCCAGAUGUGUGGAGGUUCUGUUGGAGCAUCAGGCCUCUUACACGCUGAAGGAUCACAAGAAGAAGUGGACAGCUCUGCAUGCUGCAGCUGCCGAGGGCCAAGUGGACUGUGUGCUUUUGUUGGUCAACAGGGAACAAAGCGCAGACAUGCUGGACAGUCAGGACGCUCGGGGACAGACGCCUCUGAUGCUGGCUGCUUUGGGACAUCACAACGACUGCGUCCACAUUCUCCUGGAGAAAAAAGCAAAUGCAGACGCGGCAGAUAAACAAGGCUUUACUGCUCUGCACAGAGCUGCCGUGCUGGGCAGCGAGGACUGCGUCUCCGCUCUGUUGGAACAUGGGGCUUCUGUCCUAUGCAGAGACUCUCAGGGGAGAACGCCACUGCACCUUGCGGCGUCCCGCGGCCACACCGCGCUGCUCAGCGCUUUACUGAAGGCCGCUAAGAAAGCCGACCCUCUGGACUCUCUGCUGGACUUCAGAGGCUUCACACCCACACACUGGGCUGCGUACCAUGGGCAUGAAGGAUGUUUACGUAUUUUACUUGAAAACAAACUUUUUAGCAAUCAGGAAGGAAAUCGUUUCACACCGUUGCACUCUGCUUUGAUCAACGGACAUGAUGCUGCGGCUGAGCUUCUAGUGAAGACUGUUGGCUUUCAUAUCGUCCACAUGAUCGAUGCCAAAGGAAGGACACCUCUGCAUUCAGCUGCUUAUUCAGGCAAUGUAGCUGGGCUCCAACUGGUCCUGGCCCGGGGAGCCCAGGUCAACGCUGUGGACCAGUUUGGAUGCUCCGCUUUGAUGGUUGCUGCAGACAGCGGACAGACCGCAGCUGUCGAGUUCUUGCUGCACAAGGCGAGGCCAGACCUGACCCUGGUGGAUGUUAAUAACAACACAGCACUUCACUUAGCCUGCAACAAGGGUCAUGAGAUGUGUGCUCUGAUGAUCCUGGGAGAAUUAACCGAUUCCUCUCUCAUCAAUGCAAGAAACAACGCUCUGCAGAUGCCACUUCACAUAGCAGCCAGGAAAGGCCUGGCCACGGUCGUACAGGUCUUACUGAGCAGAGGAGCAGCUGUCAUGGCCGUAGAUGAGGACGGACACACACCAGCUCUGGCCUGCGCCCCAAACAAGAACGUGGCUGACUGCCUGGCUCUGAUCCUCUCCACUAUGAAGCCUUAUUCUCCCAGAGAGACCGACACCAGCACAACCUCCCAUUUUGGCCCCAUCCUGAAGAACUGUGGCAUCGCUGCUGCCUGCGGGUCCAGUGGAAAUCUGUGCCACGCCUGAGUUAAAUAACACGCUAACACUAAAGGUCAUAAACAUGUGUGGUAUUCUGCUACACACGUACCCAUGCACAUGUAACAACCACUGCUCUGAAAUCUGGUCUUAGAUGUUAAGAUGUUAGAAUCAGCAGAUCUGUUGGAUCACAUGCGCAGUAGUGAUGGUCAUGAAGGAUUUAGCAUCAGAGAUGAAUGAAGGUAAGAUGAGCACACAUACACAAGCAUCUUCUACUUGAACCUGGUCCAGAGUCAGUAUUCGUGUUUUAGAGGUAUUAGGGAAAAAGUCGUUUGGAGAGUUUUCAACCUGAUGAGUGUUUUUCCUUUGUUUAGUUGUAAAUUAUUGUUGGGCACCACUUCUGGUUUUGUUAUUGGCAACACCUCUGUUUAUAUUAUUGUUGUUUUUAUUGAGCUUUUAUACGAUGACUCUGGGAAUUCUACAUGCAGUUCAGUAAUUGAGUUUUUCUGUGCCGAGAGAUUGCCUCUAGCCUUGUUUUUAAACCUGUUUUCUACCUUUUAGAACUCAGAUUUCAUGGGUGAUGUGUUGUUUUUUUUGAGCCAGAGUAAAAAACAAACGGACUCUUAAAAUACUCAAUAAAGACGAGCAACACUCACAGGGGAGAAAAUGUUAGCGGUUAGCUCGUCGUUCCUGUCUUAGAACCACGUUAACAAAUAUUACCGUUUUUCCAUCCACCCAUUUUUGUCUGCUUAUCUGGGGUCGGGUCGUGGGGGCAGCAGCCUAAGCAGAGAGGUCCAGACAUCCCUCUCCCCAGCCACUUGGGCCAGCUCUUCUGGGGGAAUCCUAAGGCGUUCCCUGGCCAGCUGAGAGACAGUCCUUCCAGUGUGUCCUGGGUUCUCCUUUAGGCCUUGGACGUGCCCGGAAAACCUCACCAUCCUAACUAGAUACCCGAGCCACCUCAACUGGCUUCUCGAUGUGGAAGAGCAGCGGAUCUUCUCUGAGCUCCUCAUGGACAACUAAGCUUUUCAUCCUGUCUCUAAGGGAGAACCCAGACACCCUGCAGACAAAACUCAUUUUGGCCGCUUGUAUCCGUGAUCUUGUUCUCUCAGUCACUACCCAAAGCUCGUGACCAUUGGUGAGGGUUGGAACGUAGCUCGACCGGUAAAUUACUGCAGACGCAGCACCAAUCCGCCUACAAACCUUGCAUUUUUACAGUUUUUAUUUAAAUUAUUCAAAUCUGUAAAACGACAGAUGAGUUCAGUGAAUCAUCAGGGUUGAUAGAUUUGUGGCCUGUUUGGCUCCCAUCAGUGGGCGUUAAUCCACCAAACACAUUUAUCCUCGGCUGAACUUUGUCUUUAUGCUGCUUUAAGCAGUUUCAGGUCACCAGUCUGUGUUUUUAACCUGUCAGUCUAAAGAUGAGUGCCCAUCAACUGUUUACAGCUUCAACUGGGAAAAAUAAGACCCAAGCUGAAAAAUCCAGGAGUUUCUCUCUAAAAAACUAACAAAACACUUUUUGUUAUAAUCUGAACAGGAAUGUUUGGAUGUUGGAUGUGAGAACUGCCUCUUUAAUAUACAGAAGAUUUAAUGGAUGUUGUAAACAAUUUAUGCAAUUAACAGAACUAUUUUCCUAAUGAGAGUAUAGUAAACACUGCACAAAUAUAAAUAUUACUGUAGUUUUAUCGUGAUUUAUAGUUUAAUAGCCACAGGCAUUGCUCUAGAUGUAGUCGUAGUGUUUAUAAGAAUAUAUGAGGAAAGUGAAGUAAACCUUUUAUUUGUCAUGUCUAGAAAACAGAAUUAUAGAGAAUGGUUCUCAGGUCCUUCUGCCCUUGGCGAAAGGUGCUGAUGUCGUUACCUAAGCUGUGUAGCUUCUCAGAGAAAAUCAUGUUUCAUUUAAAUAAGCCAGACGUGAAAAGGUCAAAACAAUAUGUGACAUUAGAUUUUUACUAAAGACUAUGUUCACCAUAAUAAAUGAUAUAUUUUUUAUAAUGGUGCAAAUAUCAGGUUCCAAGAACCAAAUGUAUCUUUAUUUUGUUUAUGUCUUACAAUCGGGUAAAAACAAGAAACGGGGAAAAUACACUAAUUUUAAAACCAAAAGAAAAGAACACACCCACAGAUGUUUAUCGUUACUUAAUGACUUUGUGGGUUUAGAGAGUAGUGAUGAUUUUAGACUUAAUUAGGUGGUUUUUGCCAGUUAUUUGUACCCUAUGAUGUCACUCUGUCUAAAACACUAAUACAUUUCAUUUUAGAGUUUUUUUUUUAUUUAUUUUUAUUUCACCUGUUUUUGAUUCUUAUUCAGGCAAACUGAUUAUUAUUGUGUCCAUUAUUUGACACGAAAAUGAAGAAAAUUUAUAGAACACACUUUUCCUCUCAGAGCCGACCCAAGGCAUAUGUGAAUUAAGCGACUGCUUUGGGCCCCCACACCACCAGGGGCCCCCAAGUAAGGUGAGGAAAAAAUGUCUUAAUAAUUUUAAAUAAUACAAACUAAAUAUUUCACAUGAAAAAACUAAUAUUAUUUUAUGUAGUGUGAUUUGGUUUUAUUUAGCAGUUCAGCACAUUUUAAACAUUUAACAUUUGAAAAACAAAAGAUCAUAAACUUACCUUUUUUACUGUAAAUUCAGUGUUUGUCUGCUGAUGUUAUAUUCAAAGAGGUUAAUAUACCACGCUUAAAUAACACUCUGCAUUUCAAAAUGCAAAUUAAGAUCAUUUUUGUUGGUUUGCUACUCCCGUAAAGUUAAAAUCAAUAGCAAUAAUAACACUUGUAAGCUAUAAGCUAAUUACAAAACAUGCAAAUGGUAGUGAGUAUGUUACACAAAUGGUGUAGCCUAGGAAUGAUGAAUCAUCUGGUGUUGGCUUGUUGGUAUGGGGGGGAGGCAAAAAGAAACCUGCUUAGUACCCCACAGAGGCUUGGGCUGGCCCUGUUUCCUCUUCUACUUUUUCCCUAGUUAUGCUAGCUUUGAUCUCACGUGGCUUUUUGCACAUGAUUAUUUGCAUCCUGCCUUAGUUUUACAUCUCAAGUUAAUAAAAAUAUUUUUUCACAUUUAUAUCAAAUUUGUAGAAAAGAAAAUUUUGUGUUUCCAAAGAAAAGCUGCAUUGAAGUGUUUGAAAGUUUCCUUUGUAGUAGUUGAAUGUGUAGAGCGUGUUUGUUUGCAUCAUACUGAGAUUAUUGGUGUAAUAAAGAUCUGUGUUGUUUUAUCUAUUGGAAUAUAAAGGAAAAUCAAUAC